GUUUGAUGGUGGACAACCGUAUAUAUUGACCUUCAGUUUGGGGUAAAGAUUCAGAUUAGACGGCAAAAGCAAAGCAAAGCAAUCUCGUCAACAGAGAUUAACCAACAGCGACGCAUCAUGAAGACCCUGGCUCUCCUCGCCCUCUGUGCCCUUCUGUCAGUGUGCCGGUCCAUGUCGGUUUUGGAACCCGAGGUUAUUGUAGAUCCCGAGGUUGUUGUGGAUCCCGCUGCAGACACGGCUGCUGAGGCAACACCUGCUGCUCCUGAUACAUCCUCCUCACAGUCCAAUUCAGCCUCAUCCUCCGAGUCCGACUCGGCUUCCGACUCCGCCGCCUCUGAUUCCAACUCAAGCUCAGACUCAUCAGCUUCCGAAUCCACAGAGUCCUCAGCUGCAUCCUCUGAGUCUUCCUCAGCUUCAUCCUCCGAGUCUUCCUCAGCUUCAUCCUCCGAGUCUUCCUCAGCUGCAUCCUCCGAGUCCUCCUCAGCGGAAUCGUCGGAGUCCUCUGAGUCCGACUCCUCAGCAGCGUCUCAGUCCUCAGAAUCUGACUCAGCUGCCUCUGCCUCAUCUUCAUCAUCUUCCUCGUCAGAGUCCGCCAGUGCUGAAGCCGCAUCAGAUUCCCAAGUGGUUAUGAAGAGAGACCUGGCUGCUGUUCUCCUGAGGAGAAGAAGAGCCGCUUCAGGAGGAACCCUAACCCCUCUGCAGAUGGAAAGCCUAAGUGAAGUGUGUGAACUGAAUGUCGCCUGCGAUGAAAUGGCUGAAACUGAAGGCAUCGUGGCGGCAUACACCGCCUACUACGGACAAGUCCCUUUCUAAGAUAGACUUCAUUUGUAUUCACUUGCAGACAUGUUUUUCCCUCCUCCCAUUUGACAAUAAAAGCAACGUAACUUUAACCGUAAUUCUAGAUGAAGAAAGACUGGGAUUGGAUUCAUCUUUGAUGAUGGCUGGAGAACUUUUUUGGCUGCAGAUUAUUGCACACAUGUGGCCAUGUAAAGGCUUUUGAAGAAAGGUACACAACCCUGUGAAAAAUAGAACCCAUUUUUAGUGUAAAUAUGUUUUUCCCAUAUUACUAUGUUAAGAAUGGUGCUAAAGUAGUAAAUGUAUUGAAUGUUAAUGUACUGAUAUUGCUUUAUUUUUACCUAAAAGCUAGUUCUGGUGGUAGUAUUCUUAAAUUGUUAUCGAUAGUGUACAGUUUGUUGAAACUCACAUUAGCUCAUGUAUCGGUAAUUUCUGUAACCACAAACUGCCUCUGGGUUUGGUAAUAAUAAAUUAUUUUGUUUUGUCAAAA